AUGUCGUAUAGAGUUAGACCGUUUAUUAUUUCCACCGUCGUCGCGGCGGUUUUCGUCAUCGCAACCGCAUGUGGUGGGGCGGAAGCGCCAGCCCCGGCCGCUCCGGCAGACACCGGAGCCGCAGCGCCCACCACAGCCAGCCCGGCCACCGGAGCCAGCGCGCCCGGGCCCGGCUCUACGGUAGCGGCUCCCGCGGCUUCGGAGCCUACCCAGCCGCCGGCCAACGCGCCGCCUACCGCCACUCCACCGCCCGCGGCAACGCAGCGGCCCACCAACACUCCGGCCCCCACCGCCAUCGCGCGCACCGCGCCGACCCCGCUCCCCAGCGGCCCGGCCCAGAGCGGCGGCAUCGUGCGUAUGGCGGCCUACGCGGACACCAAGGACUGGGACCCGUUGGGUUCGGCGUCCACGUCCAGCGUGAUCUCCUACUCCCAGUUGUACAACCAGUUGGUGCAGUUUGACACCACGGUCACCAACGAGGUUAUCCCCGACCUGGUGGAAAACUGGAGCCUCAACGAAGACGGCACCAUCUACACCUUCAGACUCCGGAACGACGUGACCUGGAAUGACGGCACGCCAUUCACCAUCGACGACGUGCACCAUACCUUCCUGCGUUACGGGAACCCCUGCAACAGUACCGGACGUUCCGGCCUGUGGCGGCGGUAUGCCAACCCGUUGGAGGUCGCGGAUCGCGACGCCGGUGACUGCACCAUCACCAAUCCGGAAGAUGCCCUGCGCGUGGUGGAUGACCAGACCAUCGAGUUCCACCUGGCCUUCGCCUCCGGCGCGUUCAUCAAGUUCCUGGCCAUCGAUUAUGUCAAGAUCCUGCCCAAGCAUCUUCUUGAGGAAGAUAUCGACCUGAACCUGGCCGAGAACAUCAUCAAACACAACUCCGGAUCCGGCCCGUUCAUCCUGGAAUCGUACCAGUCCGGAAACUCCUACGUCGUCAACAAAAACCCGAACUACUUCAAGGAAGGGCGUCCCUACCUGGACCGCAUCGAACACUACAUCAUCACCACGCCCGCCACUGCGCAGGCCCAGGUGGAAGCGCGCCAGAUCGACAUGGCCAACGCUGCCACUAUGAACCUCACCGCGCCGGAGUAUUACGCCCUGGAGCAGCGCACCGAUAGCGAAUACGUCGCCCACGACGUUUUCGGCGGCGCAACGCGCGGGUUGAUGCUCAACAUCAAGCGCGAGCCCUUUACCGAUCCCCGGGUGCGCCAGGCCGUCAACCUGGCCGUCGACCGCCAGAAGCAUAACGCCCGCGGCCUGCACAACGCCGGGCGUGGUCAUUGUCCGAUGGUGGGUAUGGCCAACAGCCUGGAGGAAUGCGCCACGUGGCCUGGCAUGCGUCCCAAGGACACGCCGGGCGGCCAGGAAGACAUCGCCGAGGCUCGGCGCCUGAUGACUGAGGCCGGCUAUCCCGAUGGAUUUGAGAUCCAGUACACCGUCCGCCAGGUGGGAACCUACGUGGACGAGUGCUCGGUCAUCAAGCAGGACCUGGAAGACUUUCUCAACAUCCGGGGCGCUAUCGAGGUGCUCCCCAGCGCGGCCGGAUACGCCAAGUACGGGACCUCACGGCCCGCCGACGCCAAGGGCGACUGGCAAAUCAGCUGCCAGGCCGACGGCAUGACCGUGCUGGACCCGGACGCUAUCUGGGGUGGGAUAUUCCUGAAGGGCGGUACUCGAAACUACACCGACUGGGAAGCCUCCGAAGCCAACGCCUGGUUCGAGGAGCAAAAGGUCGAACUCGAUCCCGAGAAACGCCGCGAAAUCAACAAGGUGGCCGAGCGUUGGCUGCACGACUUCUCCGAUAACCACUGGGUCAGCCUCACCCUCGGACAGAACUUCUGGGUCGUCCACCAGGACGUAAAGGGCUUCGUCGCUCCGCAAACGGUGCAGUACGGCUUCAAACACGAAGACCUGUGGCUGGAUCGCUAG